AUGGGCUGUAGUGGGUCCAAGGCGGACGACUUGCCUCUGGUGGUCCGCUGCCGGGAGCGGAGGGAACUCAUUAGAGGGGCCGCCGAACACCGCUUCGCCCUGGCAGCGGCCCACGUUUCAUACUUCAUGUCACUCAAGGAAGUAGGCGAUGCUCUCAAGAAAUUCGUGGAUGAGGAGCUAAUUACUGCCUCCCCUUCUUCCUCCUCUCUGUCUUCGCCUUCCUUAGUUCUUCCGCCGUUGGAGAAAACCAGGAAAAUUAACAAAGAGGGUUCUUCUUCGCAUAAUCCAGGGACCUCGGAUUCUAAUGGUGGUUAUGUUUUACAUGCCCAUGGUGAUGAAGAUGAUGAGUCUCAUAUACAUUUGUCAGAUUCCGAUGAGGAUGAGGAAGAUGAUUGGAAUCAUCAUCAUCCACAGACACACAAGAAUGAUGAUGAGGAUGGAAAUCAUUUGCAUCACGUUGAAGAAGGGUAUUCAUCUCUGUAUCCGCAGGGUGGAUUUAAUGGGUAUGGAUAUGGUUAUGGGAUGAUGAAUGAUGGUUAUUCAUACCCACCACCGUCUAAUUCAUAUGGGCAGCCUUAUUCUUCUUCUUAUUUUCCGAUGGAACAACCGAUGGAUCAGUACUUGUGGGGCCCACCGGGAGUGCCGUCGCAACAGCCACCACCAAUGCCGGGAUACUAUUCGAGUAAUUCGAAUAUGUAUUACACGAGGAAGUCGGCUCUGGAGAUGAAAACAGUGAUUCAGGAGGCGGCACCAGCCCAGUCGACUAAUGGGUACUUGAAUUCAUAUUGGAAUUACCCGGCCCCUUAUGGAAAUGGUGGUGUGAAAGUGAGUCCUCCUAAAGAACCACCGCCUCCACCAUCGCCCAAGGCCACGGGGUGGGAUUUUUUUAACCUGUUUGAUGGGCACGAUGUCGGGUACCAGGGUUAUUAUUCAACUGGUGGAUAUGGGUAUAGAUCGAUUUCUAGUAGCCCGGAUUCAAAUGAGGUGAGAGAGAGGGAGGGUAUUCCUGAUUUAGAGGAAGAAACAGAGAAUGAGGUCUAUAGAGAGGUUCAAAAGGAGAAGGGAGAGAGUGCAGAAACGAGAAAGAAUUCGAAACCAAGCACUCCUAAUUCUAGAUCACUGCCAGUGCAUAAAAAUAGAGAGGGUAGAUCGAAAUCAGGGCCAAUGCGUAGAAGCGAGGGCAGUUCAAGAUCAGGGGCACUACAUAUGGGUAGUGAGAGCAGUUCCAGAUCAGUGCCUUCAUGGAGUAGUGAGGAAAGUGCAAAACCAUCAAUGCCAUCCGAAUAUACUAAAAGCACACUUAGGGAAGAUCCGUCGCCCAGUAGUGAGGCUACCGGGUCGAUUAUUUUGACAGAUGAGAAAAGCAGUUCGGAAAGUCUUGUAUCGAAGAGUGUCGAUGAGGGUUCAGUGAAGAAGAAAGGGGUGAGUUUUGAGGUGGAUGAGACACCAAAAUAUGAAGUUGAUUCCUCCAAGUUGAGCAGCUUAACUACUUUAUCACCUCAUGGCACUCGAGAUCUUCGGGAAGUUGUGGCUGAAAUCAGGGAUGACUUCCUGAUUGCCUCUAGCUAUGGGAAAGAGGUAGCGAUGAUGCUUGAAGUUGGGAAGGUACCUUAUCAUCCCGGCAUUCUAAAAGUGAUUCUUUCCAAGAUUUUGCACCCCAUUGCUCCAUCCCUGUUGUCAUCAAAUCCUCCAUCAAUGCAGUCAAGAAACUUAGCUUCCAGAACAUCGAAGUUGGCAAAGUCUUAUUUUGGGGAUGUUGAGAAGGACGCAAACAACAGCGUAUGUAACCUUUCGUCCACGCUGGACAAGCUGUAUGCAUGGGAAGAAAAACUAUACAAGGAAGUAAAGGAAGAAGAAAAACUGCGUGUUAUAUAUGAAAAACAAUGCAAGAGGCUAAAAGGUUUAGAUGAGAAAGGAGCCGAUCCUGGUAAGAUUGAAGCUACUCAAGCUGCGAUCAGAAGAUCCCAAACUAGGCUUAAGGUUAGCAUUAAAACAAUUGAUGCAAUUUCGAGCAGGAUACACAAGUUGAGGGAUAAAGAGUUGCAACCCCAAAUUGCUGAAUUGAUUCAUGGGCUGAUAAGAAUGUGGAAGUCGAUGCUCAAGUGUCAUCAGAAGCAGUUUCAAGCUAUCAUGGAGAGUAAAAUACGGAGGCUCAGAGCCAACACUGGUUUCCGAACAGAUUCAAAUUUGAGGGCAACAGCUGAACUGGAGAUGGAGCUUCGUGAAUGGCGUGAGCAUUUUAAUGAUUGGAUUGGCACUCAAAAGUCCUAUGUUGAAUCCUUAAAUGGCUGGCUUCUGCGGUGUCUUCAAUAUGAGCCGGAAGAGACCCCCGAUGGCCCUGUUCCCUAUUCCCCAGGCCAGCUUGGAGCUCCUCCCAUUUUUGUAAUUUGUAAUGAUUGGAAUCAAGCCAUGGAAGCCAUAUCCGAGGUGCGGGUGGCGAAUACAAUGAAUACAUUUGCUUCAAGCUUGCGACAGCUAUGGGAAAAACAAAACGAAGAGCAGCUUCAAAGGCUCAAAGCAGAUUAUGUUUCAAAGGAUUUUAAGAAACAGCUUAGAACACACAGGACGGAGAGGGGAAGAGUGGAACUUGAACAUGACGCUAAGUCUGACAAAACUAGUUUGUCUAUGGUUCCUUCAGAAAAUGGAGUUUCGUCGUUGGAUGAUCUAAAGGUGGACUUGGAUUCUCUGAGAAAACGAGUGGCGGAUGAGAGGAUAAAGCACAAGGAUGCUAUCAAAUUGGUGCAUGAUGCGGCUUCUAGCAGUUUACAAGGAGGUUUGGUUCCUAUCUUUAAGGCUUUGGAGAAUUUCACAUCUGAGGCUUUGAAAGCACAUGAACAUGUUAGGUUACAAAAUACUGGCCCGAGUUCAUAG